AUACACACUCACUUCUGACCACUAGAUCAAAACCACUCAACACCAUUUUGGUGAUUUGCUGGUUAUUUCUAUUCUUUUUAUUUGUCAUAUUGGUUGGGUAAUAAUACUGUUGGCUCAAAUGUAAGAUUUUUUUUUUUUUUUUGCCUCUUUUUGCCUUUUUUUUGACGCUUUUGAAAAAGGUUAAUGAAUAAAUAAUUACAUGUAAUGUAAAUGUUCUGUUAAUUGUUUAAUAUACUGUAAUCUCAAUGACACAAAAGGUUCUCGGUGGAUGGUUAUGGUAAAUGGUUACUUAUUUUCAACUAACAACCCUAACAACUAAUAUUUUAAAACAGGAAUCUUGCGUCUUCUUUUGACUUUUGCAUAAUUUGUCCCUUUGUGAGACCCGUUGGCAUGUUGGAGGUCAGAAGGGGGCGUGUGCUGAGUGAAUCUAAUCCAUAAAAAACAAUACUGACGUUUAUAUCACCUAGAAACGUCGUAUCGCCUCAUAAUUUUAAAAAUAAACUUGUUUUGAGUUUUACAUAAUGCCACGCUUAUUUAAUUGUGAAGUUAGAUGUGGAUUGCUGUGAACGCCUGUAAAAUCCUGACGAUUAUGAACGGAUAAAUGCGACUUGACUUCAGAAGUGGGAAAUAUGCGAAAAGACGUGAGGAUUCUGCUGGUUGGAGAACCCAAAGUGGGGAAGACAUCCCUGAUCAUGUCAUUGGUCAGUGAGGAGUUCCCGGGUGUGGUUCCUUAUAAAGCUGAGGAAAUCACUAUACCAGCAGAUGUCACACCAGAGAGAGUCCCCACUCAUAUAGUAGACUACUCAGAAGCUGAACAGACAGAUGAACAACUGUAUCAAGAGAUAUCAAAGGCCAAUGUUAUAUGUAUAGUCUACUCUGUGAACAACAAGAAGUCUAUUGAGAAGGUGACAAGUCACUGGAUUCCCCUGAUAAAUGAGAGAACAGACAAAGAUAGCAGGGUUCCUCUGAUCCUUGUGGGGAAUAAAUCUGAUCUGGUUGAACACAGCAGUAUGGAGACUGUUCUUCCCAUCAUGAACAAAUACACAGAGAUAGAGACUUGUGUGGAGUGUUCAGCCAAGAAUCUGAAGAAUAUUUCAGAGUUGUUUUACUAUGCACAGAAAGCUGUUCUUCACCCUACAGGGCCACUCUACUGUCCAGAGAAGAAAGAGAUGAGGUCUGCCUGUGUUCGAGCUUUGACACGAAUCUUUAAGGUGUCAGAUUUGGACAACAAUGGUGUCCUCAAUGAUCAUGAGCUCACCUUUUUUCAGAUGACCUGUUUCAACACCCCACUAGCCCCACAAGCCCUAGAGGAUGUAAAAAAUGUUGUAAGUAAAAACCUGACGGAUGGAGUGCAUGACAAUGGGCUCACUCUCAAAGGUUUCCUUUUCCUACAUACUCUCUUUAUCCAAAGAGGAAGGCAUGAGACCACGUGGACGGUACUGCGGAGGUUUGGAUAUGAUGACGAUCUUGAGCUGCAUCAGGACUAUCUGUUUCCCCCGUUAAAAAUACCACCGGACUGCACCACAGAGCUGAAUCACAAUGCUUACCUGUUUCUACAGAGCAUCUUUGACAAACAUGAUAAGGACAGAGACUGUGCUUUGUCCCCUGAGGAGCUUAUGGAUCUGUUCAGUGUUUUCCCCUACAUCCCCUGGGGACUGGAUGUGAACAAUACGGUCUGCACUAAUGACCAGGGCUGGAUCACAUAUCAAGGCUAUCUCUCUCAGUGGACUUUAACAACUUACCUGGAUGUUCAGCGAUGCCUAGAAUAUCUUGGCUACCUUGGUUACUCUAUUAUUGCUGAGCAGGAGUCUCAGGCAUCUGCCAUAACCGUGACCCGUGAUAAGAAGCUCGAUCUUCAGAAGAAACAGACGCAACGGAAUGUAUUUCGCUGUCAUGUGUUUGGACUAACUGGAAGUGGCAAAACUGGUUUCCUGCAGGGCUUCCUCGGCAGAAACCUUGUGCAUCAGAGGACAAUACGAGAGGAGCAUAAAUCAUAUUAUGCAAUCAGCACUGCACAUGUGUACGGACAGGAGAAGUACUUGUUGCUCCAUGAAGUCUUUCCAGAUUUUGAUGUCCUGUCUGAGAUAGAACUUUCAUGUGACGUUGUGUGUCUGAUCUAUGAUGUCAGCAACCCCUGCUCUUUUGAGUACUGCUCACGAAUCUUCAAGCAACACUUCAUGGACAGUAAGACUCCAUGUAUGCUGAUUGCCGCAAAGUCAGACCUGCCAGAAACAAAGCAGCAAUACUGCAUGACUCCACUGGAAUUCUGCCGCAAGCACAAGAUGCCUCCGCCUCAGUCCUAUACCUGUAACACAGCUGCGGCUCCCAGCAAAGACAUCUUCAUCAAACUCAUCACCAUGGCCGUGUACCCGGAUAUCACCCAUGCUGACCUGAAGAGCUCUGCAUUUUGGCUCCGAGUGAGUGUUGGAGCCACUGUUUGUGCUGUUCUAGGCUUUGCCAUGUACAGAGCCCUCCUCAGAUCGCGAUGAGCAGACCCUAAACGUACAUCCCCCAUGUCCUGUCUGCCCUAGCUACAGUAUCUCCCAUUUGCAGAAGAAUCAAUAGAAACAGUAUUUAGUUUUUAAGAAAGAAUGCAUUACGAAACAUAGCUGUUAUAUUUCUAUUUAUUGUCAAAUGUACAUUCCCACGUCUUGAGACUCUAUUUGAGACCGAAAACUAUUAAGUUUUUUCUUUAAACAUGAUACAAGUAAAUUGUAAAUAUGUACAUGAGAGAUAAUGUUUGUUGCCAUGUGAAUAAAACGUAUAGCAUUCAUAUUUAAAGCAAACAAAUGUCACACUUUGCACUCACUUUUAUCUCAAACUGUCAGAUAACCUGUUUGCGAUCUGUGGUUCACUGUUUUUGAACGAAAACAGAAAAGACAGGAAGCCUGCGUGUGAAACCGUGGAGGCACUUCAUCUAAACUUUAUUUGCAUGCUUUAAUGUUUCACAUAAUGUCUUAAAAAUUGAGUCUUAUCAACAGCAUUUUUUCCCUUGUCGUUUUCCAUAAUUUCCCAACCUUUUAAUAAACAGGUCCUGCAACAGUUUUUUUUUUUACAUGCAGACAGUGGAAAACUACCAUUCUGUUCCACAGAAGGGAUAAAAACAAAAACGGCAAUUAAAGAUAUUGACAGUGUGUACUAAAGAAAUACAAAAUACUUUUACUCAUAUAAUACACAU